AUGCCGGAGAACACGAAGGAGUCGGAGGCGGGGGUACAAACUCCCGCGACACCGGCAUACGCCCCUUUCAACGAUGUCGAAGGUUCACCCAACUACUCGCUGUUCGUGGACGUCUACCGCUUCCGCGUGCUCUUCGGAUCUCUCAUCGUGGGCGGCAUUCUCGUCGGUGUCAUGCUGCCGUUCGCCAGCGACGGAGUGCGCGUUCGAACCUUCGAGUCCACCGACAUGGACGCAGCCGAGCAGAAGAAGAUGCUGGACCGGUACAACUCCAUCUCCGGAGCCAAUACCGCUCUGCUCAUGAAGCCAGUCGACGUGGUGCUGAGUAUGGUCAUCUCCGUCGCCUUCCUGUGCCUCGCGACCAAGUUCAGUCAACUCGGGGAGCGACGCGCGUACCUUGCCAUGGCUGCCGUGGCUGCUGUGGGGUACCUCAUGAACACUGGUCUUAGCUCCCUCAACGUCCAAGUGAUCUCGGGGGACAUCCACCCACGGAUUCUCGCCGCUGACCUCGCAGAGCAGAGCUCUAGUGACGACACCGCUCAACAACUGAGUGCCGACGGAUUCGUGACCACCACGUGGAGUCACAGCUUCCGUGAAGACACAGCCGGCAACAGCGUCCUCAACACCAUCAUGCGCAAGCUAUUCGUACCGACCGAGAACGUCCCGACGUGGUGCAACCACACGGACGCCUUCGUGUCCCCGUUCAAGAACAUCGCUGCGAGCUACGGCUUCCCGUCUCGAUCGUGGCAGCAGCUCGCGCUAUCGCAAGCUUUAACCCCAACAGCUUCCGUGGCUAUGCCCAUGAACGCUGCGACUAGCGAUCUUCCAGCAGACUACGAACUCCUGAUGAACCAGUCGAUCGCGACCAACCUCGCGACGUACGCGCUGAUAGUGAGCAACAGCUUCCUCGGGUGGUGGAGCUCAACGGACGAGGCGUGGAGCAUUUACGCUCCAGGUUACGUCAAUAGGAACCAGUCGAUUCCCCUGGUCAUGGCGGACUAUCUGAAUCUGACGGCCUCCUCGCCCGAUUUCCUCCGUAACCUCCACGGGGUGAUUGUCGAGUACUUUGAGAAGGCCGAGAACGCGAGUACGACGGACGAGCUGGCCACGAUGGAGUUUUCCCACGUUGAUUUGGCUGAGACCGUGGCGUUUGACGCCUUCGCGAUCGAGAUCCCGACGCAAAUGAUCGGGUAUCAGGAGGACAAUUCCUCCAGGUCAGCAGGACUGCAGGAGUAUACCGCCGACGGAUCCACGACUACGGUGUACCCGCGUGUUCAAGCGCUCUCAAUCUGUAUCAACGACGCGGGAGGGGAAGACUUGGUUGCGGACUUUGACUAUUUCAGAUCGAACGAAGUGGCUCAGGCUUGCGACCAGCGCUCCAACACGUCCAUGAUCAUCGUCAGCGUCGGGAAACGCAUGGAGGGCGACGCCUUUGAAGAUGACCCCGAUGGCCUGGCCGCUCGAGUUGCCAACGCUCGCAUAGUGUACUCGUUGACUGUCGGGCGGUUGUCGUGGAGUCUGGAGGACCUGUCCGAGGUCUACGACGCUAGCUGCGCGACUGGCAGUGGCUGCAGCGGCGUCCGCUUCCCCCUCGAGUCAAGCGACCAGCUGCUGGUGGGGGUGAGCGACAUUCCCAUGGACUUGCUGAGCCCGAUCAACCUGAACGCGAUCUGGUUCGACGUUGGGUCUUCCCAGUGGACGACGCUGGCGUCGACGGUGGAGGAGGCCCGGGGGGCCGCUCUCAGGACGGAUACCACACCCAUGUUCAUUGUUCUGCCCCGCAACUUCAAGACAAUCAACUCGACCCUCACCGAGUUCAUGCUGGGCGAUGGCAUGAAGGACUGCGAGGUCCUCAUCGACAACUACCUGAACCACAUCGAGAAGAACCAUCUGUACAUCGAGCACACCCUCCAGCCAGCGUACACUGCCGGACUCUACUAUAUCUUCCAGAACGGGAUGGUACAGUCGCCAAUCUCGGCCAAUUCCUCUUCGUCGCAGCAAAACUCGCUGCAGUUCGCCGGCAACAUCCAGGAUAUGUACGUCCAAGUGUCCAUCCCCACGACGAACCUGCUGCUCGCACUCGCUGGUUGCGCUCUGAUCGUGGUGUGCGGCAUAACGGUCGUCGCAAUAGCGAGACGCGGGAAGGUGAUCGAGCAUGGCUCAGCGGCGACAGCAACUGAAGCACUGACCAACAGCGGCAAGUUCCCUCCGCUCAUGCUGCGCUUGUACCUUCACGACGGAGUUGGUGGAGGCACAGGACCCACGCUGGACUCGCUUCGUGUUGAAGAGGUUGUCUUCGCUCACAAAGAGGACGAGGCGCAGAUAUUUGCAGUCGGCCAGGCUAUCAGCGUCGAGAAGAGCAUGUGCAAAGUGACUCUAGAGCCGUGA